CUCCCGCGGCGCCGCCGCCGCCUGUGCUGCCGCGGUGUCGGUGUGUCGCGGGGCUCUGUCGGCCUGUCGCCGAGUCCGUCGGCGGUCGGUCGGAGCGAGCCGGUUGCCGAGUGACCGCGAGCGGGUCUCCCCCCUCCCCCCGCAGUUCGGCGGCCUCUCCGCGGGAGAAGAUGGCGGAUCGGGCGGAGAUGUUUUCUCUGUCCACCUUCCACUCCCUGUCCCCGCCGGGAUGCAGGCCGCCCCAGGACAUCAGCCUGGAGGAGUUUGAUGAUGAGGAUCUGUCCGAGAUCACCGACGACUGCGGCAUUGGCCUAAACUACGACUCUGACCACUACGAGAAGGACAGCCUGAGUUUGGGGCGCUCGGAGCAGUUGCACCCCAUCUGCACAUUCCAGGAUGAUUUCCAGGAAUUCGAGAUGAUCGAUGAAAACGAGGAAGAAGAGGAAGAGGAGGAGGAGGAGGAGGAGGAAGAGGAAGAGCAGCAGAGGGGGGAGGAGGGAAAAGGGGACGAUGGGGAAGGCACUGGCCGGGGGGCCCCAAUCCCAUCUCCUUCCCCCGAGGACACGCACACACACAGGCCGACCACCCUGUCCCUCUCUGCCCCGGGCACCCAGGACUCUCUGAACAACAACAACAACAACAAGAAGCCCAGCCGGAGAAGCCCCCCGCACUCCCCGCGGGCCACGUGGCAGGAGACGGUCCUGCGCUCCCCUCCGGCCGCCCCUCACGACGCCCGCCGGUCCCCACCGCCGCACUCGUGCGUGCAGGACGGUCCCCGCGGCCCCGGCGGCCCUCGGGGCCCCGCCGCCUUCGACUGCCAAGGCAACAGGGCCGGGGCGCAGCCCGCGGGACCCGACCCCAACCGCAACCUGCAGGCCGCCGCCGCCGCCGCCGCCCAGGCCCAGGCUCAGGCCCAGGCCCAGGGCCACGUAGAGGGCGAGGGCGAGGGCGAGGGCGAGGAGGAGGAGCCGCCCUGCUGGGCCCGGCCGGGGCCCCGCUCGCUGCCCGAGCCCGACAGCACCUCGUCCCCGUCCUCCGAUCCCGGGAUCGAGGCGGACCUGACCUCCCGGUCCGGGGGCCGGGGCCGGGGCCGGGGCCGCGGCCGGCGGGGCAGCGAGGACCUGUCGUCUCCCGGCUCGGGCUCGGGCUCCGAGUCGGAGGAGGACGAGGGCGAGCUGGCGGCGGCGCUGGGCGGGGGCCGGCUGCGCGGCCACAUGAUCUCGUCCAUCUCGGAGACCGAGCUGGAUCUGAGCAGCGACGGCGGCGGCGGCGGCGGCAGCAGCAGCAGCAGCAUCGGCGGCGGCGGCGGCGGCGGCGGGGGCAGCAGCAGCGGCGGCGGCCGCUCCUCGCAUCUGACCAACUCCAUCGAAGAGGCGUCGUCUCCGGGCUCCGACCCCGACGACCCCCCGCUCCUUCCGCGGGCCCCGGCCCUCGCCCCCGCGCCCCGCCCCGAGCCCCCCCAAGGCCAGCCCGCCCCGCGCCCCUUCUUCCUGCCGGUGGGGCCGGGGGGGCCGGGGGGGCCGGCGGGGCCGGCGGGGGCGGCGGGGCCGGCGGGCGACAGCGAGUACGAGUCGGGCUCGGAGUCGGAGCCGGACCUCAGCGAGGACUCGGACUCGCCCUGGCUCCUCAGUAACGUGGUGAGCCGCAUGAUGUCCGAGGGCUCCUACCCCAUCCGCUGCCCCGCGCAGUGCCUGUCCCCGGCCGGCGGCUCCGCGGCCCGCUCGCCCGCCGACACCAUCUCCCCGGCCUCGGAGCUGGGCGCGGCCACCGACCUGCUGGCCGACGAGGAGGCCCGGGCCGAGCGGGAGGACGACGAGGACGACGACGAGGACGACGAGGACGGCGACGAGGAGCGGCCGGCGCCCAAGCCCCGCCGGGACCGGCAGAAGAAGAAGAGGGAGGAGGACGAGGAAGAGGAGGAGGAGGAGGAGCGGCGGCGGCGGCGGAGGCGGCGGGGGGCGGCUCCCGGCCCGGCCACCAUCGAGCUGGUGGACAUGGAGACGCUGCGCUGCUCCCUGCAGGCGGGGGAGGCCGAGGUGCCCCCUCCCCGCGGGCCCCCGGGCCCCGCCGCCCCCGCCGCCCCGCGGCCCGGGCCCUUCCUCUUCCUCAGCAACCCCACGCGCGACACCAUCACGCCCGUGUGGGCCCCCGCGGGCCCGGCACGGCCCCAGGACAGUGGCCGCGCCAAGCCCUGCUGCGUGGCCGCCGACUCGGAGGACGAGGAAGAGGAGCAGGAGGAGCAGGAGGAGGAGGAGGGCCGCGAGCGGGGGGAGGAGGAGGGGCCGGGGCGGGCAGGGGCGGCCCCCGCCCUCGACGCGUCCCUCGUGUACGACGCCGUCAAGUACACGCUGGUGGUGGACGAGAACACGCAGCUGGAGCUGGUGAGCCUGAAGCGCUGCUGCUCCACCCUCAGCGACAGCAGCGGCGAUUGCGGCGGCGGCGACAGCGACAACGACAGCGACGACAGCGACUUGCUUCUGGGCCGCCGAGCCCAGGACUCGGGCCCCUCCUCCCCCAGGGCAGGGGACUCGUCCCCGGACGCCCCCGACCUGCACUUUUCCAAGAAAUUCCUCAACGUGUUUGUCAACAGCACUUCUCGCUCCUCCAGCACGGAGUCCUUUGGCCUCUUCUCCUGCAUGAUCAGCGGGGAGGAGAGGGAGCAGACGCACCGCGCCGUCUUCAGGUUCAUCCCCCGGCACGCCGACGAGCUGGAACUGGACGUGGACGACCCGGUGCUGGUGGAGGCCGAGGAAGCCGAUUUCUGGUUUCGGGGGUACAACAUGCGCACCGGGGAGCAGGGCAUAUUCCCAGCCUUCUACGCCCACGAGGUGUUCGGCCCUGCCAAAGACUUGCUGGGGGUGAAGCGCGGCCCGUGCUGGGUGGAGCGUUUCAACGUCCAGUUCCUGGGCUCCGUGGAAGUUCCACACCACCAGGGGAACGGCAUCCUGUGUGCCGCCAUGCAGAAGAUCGCCACCGCUCGGAAGCUGACCGUCCACCUGCGUCCCCCCGCGUCCUGUGACCUGGAGAUCUCCCUGCAGGGGGUCAAGCUGAGCCUCAGCGCCCUGGGGCCAGAUGAGGAGGCGGAACGCUGCAGCCAUUUCUUCCAGAUGAAGAACAUUUCCUUCUGUGGCUGCCACCCCCGGAACAGCUGCUACUUCGGCUUCAUCACCAAACACCCCGUGCUGAGCCGCUUCGCCUGCCACGUCUUCGUCUCGCAGGAGUCCAUGCGGCCGGUGGCCCAGAGCGUCGGCCGCGCCUUUCUGGAGUAUUACCAGGAACACCUGGAGUUCGCCUGCCCCACAGAGGACAUUUACCUGGAGUAGGGCCCCCCGCCGGCCCGCGCACCCGCCCACCGGCCCGCCACCCUCCACGAGCGGAGAGACGCACCGCCCGUCUGUCCGUCCAUCCGUCCGCCCGCCCUCCCGAGCCUCACUCCCAAGUCGGCUUUGCCCCGCCCGGCCGCCCGCUCCCGGCCUGCGCCAGCCCUGGGGCCGUGGGUCCGUUUCCGUGAGGCCACAGUCGCCCCCUCCGAGACCAAAGCUGAACCCUGGCUGGGGGUGGGGUCGGGGGAAGGGGUCGGACGGGCGCCGGCGGCCCUCGCGGCGGAGGGGGAGGGCCCCGCGGGUCCCGACGGACACGGUCCCGUCUGUCCUCCCCCGGCCCCGUCUGUCCAGUCAGCUUCAGGCGUCUUCCCGGGUCCCCGAGACUCCUUGUCAUCCCCUCGCCUGGAGCCCCUGGGGUCGGAGCUCCCGCUGACCACCCCCAGAGCCUCGUUCCGGCCCGCGCUCUCCGGGUCGAGCCCCAGACGGGGUGGACGGCGGCCGCCGCCUCCUCCUCCUCCUCCCCACGGGGUCCUCUGCCUGGCUCCCCGCCUCCCUCCCCUCCUCCAGAUCACCCUCCCUCUCCCUCUGCCCUGGCAGCCCCGGGGGGCAGGUGGGGGCCCUAGGCAGAGCUGGGCCCGGCAGCUUCUGAAGAGUGUUGGGAUCGGGGAGAAGGGGCAAGAUGUGCAUCUGACCCAAUCUGGCUGGCCCAGGGCCCUUGGCCCCCUCCCCACCCACCAACCUCCCUGACCCCUUCGCCCCUCAGACAAGUUCAUUUCUAAAGGAGUUUUAAUUUUUAUAGAGAAAUCGAACAGAUUGUGUGUGCCGCACCUACCGCCCCCCCCCCACCCCCCGGGCUCUGCCCGAGAUGGAGGGGGGCCGGUUGGGGGGACGAGGAGGGCAGGCCCGCCGGAGGGAUGCGGGGGCGGAGCUGGUUGGCCGGGGCUCCUUCCCGCUGCCCCUCACCCCCGCCAGGGCUGCCUUUUUGGGGCCGGGGCCAGGCCCCUCCCUUGGGGGAGAGACCCUCCCCUCCGCCUCCGCCUCCGCCUCCGCCCCCGCUGUGCCUGGCCACGCCUUUCGCUUGCCGGCCGCUCUCCAUGCUAGUGUAGUGCCCAUGCGGGUCCGUGUAUGCCGCGUGCGGGUCCGUGUGUCCGUGUAGUCGUGACCACCCCCCCCUCCCCUCUCCCCCGCCCCCCAUUCCGCCGGGACCCCCUGUGGCCGGGUGCUGCCUCCCGGGCCCACGGGGACCAACAAUAAAAUAUAUGCUUGGUGUGAGCUGA